AUGGUUUCGGUGGCUAACAGCACACCAUCAUCAGCACUAAUGCACUGUCUUAUAGUCAUUGAGACCAACAGUGCUGUAAACAAUACGAGAGAAAUGUUAGACUCCUUGUUAAGUGUCGACCGUAUAGUCAGUCCAUAUGAAUCGGUUUGUGAACGAUAUUUUCAACACAAGUAUUACAUUAAUGAAGACAAUGAUGGCUGCGAUCAGUUGGUCUUAUUUCACUCAAACAGAGUUUGUUUAAUCACAUUAUCACCAAAUCAUUGUAUCCUAAAACAAGACAAACGCAUGAAAAAUAUAGACUUUAAUAUCAGUGAUGCCGUCAAUCGGUUGGACAACAAAGUGUCGGGAAAGUGGAAAAAGGGCGGUCAACGAGUGUCUCCCGAAUCCAUAUUAUGUCGCAUUGAAUGUGAAAACAACGAAACAUUUGAUAUCAAGUGUUGUCUAAACGGAACUAUUGUUGAGAUUAAUAACAAUUUAUUGAAAGACAUGGAUCUGAUUAAACAAAAAACAUUUAGCGAUGGUUUCAUUGCAAUCAUUCUUCCAUUUCGUGGUAAACAUCAAUCAGAAAAAGAUUCACUUCUUAGUCCACAACAAUAUAGAGAAUUAUUGGAUAAUAAGUUAUAA